CGCGCCGGCGCUCUGAGGACGCGCGCGGGCCCGAGCGCCGAGAGUUUGUUUUGGGCUGCCGGCCGGGCCGUAUCCACCGCCAGGAUGCACGACGCAUACGAACCGGUGCCGAUCUUGGAGAAGCUGCCGCUGCAGAUCGAUUGCAUGGCGGCCUGGGAGGAUUGGCUGCUUGUUGGUACCAAGCCAGGACAUCUUCUGCUCUACAGGAUCAAGAAGGAAUUGGGCAACAACAAAUUUGAAGUCUUACUAGAAAAGUCCAACAAAAACUUUUCAAAGAAAAUUCAACAGCUUUAUGUGGUAUCGCAAUUUAAGAUACUGAUUUCACUCUUGGAAAAUAAUAUUUAUGUUCAUGAUUUACUCACAUUCCAACAAAUUACAAUGGUUGCAAAAGCUAAAGGUGCUAGUCUCUUCUCAUGUGAUUUGAAGCGAACUGAUGGCAAUGAGCCAGUCCUCAGUAUGUGUGUAGCUGUGAAGAAGAAACUGCAACUCUACAACUGGCGUGGUCGAGAGUUCCAGGAAGCACAGGCAGAUUUCAGUGUUCCCGAUGUUCCCAAAUCCAUGGCCUGGUGUGAGAAUUCCAUUUGUGUGGGCUUUAAAAGAGAUUAUUAUCUUAUCAGGUUAGAUGGAAAAGGUUCAAUCAAGGAACUUUUUCCGACCGGGAAACAACUGGAGCCUCUCGUAACUCCCUUGGAGGACCAAAAGGUGGCAGUUGGGCAAGAUGACUUAACAGUGGUUCUGAACAAAGAUGGAAUCUGCACUCAGAAAUGUGCCCUGAACUGGACUGAUAUCCCUCUUGCUAUGGAACAUCAGUCUCCUUAUAUCAUAGCCGUGCUGCCACGAUACGUAGAGAUUCGUACCUUUGAGCCACGGCUGCUGGUACAGAGUGUGGAGCUGCAAAGGCCCCGGUUUAUCACAUCUGGAGGGUCUAAUAUUGUUUACGUAGCUAGUAAUCACUUCGUGUGGAGACUGGUACCUGUUUCAAUUGCAACUCAGAUUCGACAGCUUCUUCAAGACAAGCAAUUUGAACUAGCUUUGCAACUUGCUAAAAUGAAGGAUGAUUCAGACAGCGAUAAAUGGCAACAGAUUCAUCAUAUACAGAACCUUUUUGCUUUCAACCUGUUCUGCCAAAAACGCUUUGAUGACUCCAUGCAGGUUUUUGCUAAGCUUGGCACAGAUCCUACUCAUGUGAUUGGUCUGUAUCCAGACUUGUUGCCAGCUGAUUUCAGGAAGCAACUUCAGUAUCCAAACCCACUUCCCACACUAUCUACUGCAGAGCUGGAAAAAGCACACUUAGCACUCAUAGACUACUUGACCCAGAAACGAAUGCAUUUGGUUAAACAACUGAAUGAUUCAGAUCCCUCUACCACUUCACCACUAAUGGAAGGAACACCAACCAUUAAGUCAAAGAAAAAGUUGCUCCAGAUUAUUGACACAACAUUAUUAAAGUGUUACCUUCAAACUAAUGUAGCUCUUGUAGCACCAUUGUUACGGCUGGAAAACAACCAUUGUCACAUUGAGGAGAGCGAACACGUUCUGAAGAAAGCACAGAAGUACAGUGAGCUUAUUAUUCUGUAUGAAAAGAAGGGUCUACACGAGAAAGCUUUACAGGUCCUUCUAGACCAGGCAAAAAAAGCUAACUCGCCACUGAAAGGACAUGAGCGAACUGUGCAGUACCUGCAAAGACUGGGGAAAGAGAACUUGAAUAUAAUUUUUGAAUUUUCUCUUUGGGUCCUGAAAGCAUGUCCUGAAGAUGGAUUAAAGAUAUUUACAGAGGAUCUCCCUGAAGUGGAAAACCUACCAAGAGACAAAGUAUUGGAAUUCUUGAAGGAGAGCUUUAAGGAACUUGCUACUCCGUACCUGGAACAUAUCAUUUACAUCUGGGAUGAAACAGGGCCAGUCUUCCACAACUGCCUGAUCCAGUUGUACCGUGAAAAAGUGCAAACCCUCAUGAAGGACUACCUGAACUCUCUACCUGAGGAUGAUAUUCCUGUUCCUGCUGGAAUGGAGGAAGGGGAGCUGGGAGAAUAUAGAAGAAAACUGUUGUCAUUCUUGGAAAUCUCAACAUAUUAUCAGCCUAGUAAGCUUAUCAGUGACUUUCCAUUUGAUGGAUUGCUAGAGGAGCGAGCUCUGCUCAUGGGCCAAAUGGGUCUACAUGAACAAGCCCUUUUUAUUUAUGUCCAUGUACUGAGGAAUAUCAAAAUGGCAGAAGAAUACUGUCACAAGCAUUAUGACUGGAGCAGGGAUGGCAACAAAGAUGUAUACCUCUCUUUACUUCGUAUGUACCUUUCACCACCUGACAUUCAUUGUGUGGGACCAAUCCGAAUGGAGGUACCAGAACCACAGGCAAACCUGCAGGCAGCACUGAGAAUACUAGAGGUGCACCACAACAAGCUAGACACUACAAAGGCUUUGAAUCUGCUUCCUGCCAACACACAAAUCCGGGAGAUUCAGGUAUUUCUGGAGAAUGUUCUUGAAGGAAAUGCUCAGAAACGACGCUCCAAUCAAGUUAAGAAAAGUCUUCUUCAUGCUGAAUUCCUUCGUAUCCAAGAGCAGAGGAUUUACCAUCAGGAGGUGAAAUGCAUCAUUACUGAAGAGAAAACUUGUCGAGUCUGCAAGAAAAAAAUAGGAAACAGUGCCUUUGCCCGUUAUCCCAAUGGUGUUGUGGUCCAUUACUUCUGCUGCAAAGACCGAAAUGUUUGCCCCACAGAGACGUGAAUGUGCAAACUCAUUUGAAAUGCAGGAAUCUAUUUGCUGUCUAGAUAGACAGUUGGAAAACAUGGCGGCUUGAGAAGGUGCCUGACUUUCACUGAAGGAGGAGCAACUGUUGGACAAAUGGCACGCACUGUGUGAGAUACACUGUUGGCGUUAAUAAUUACAUUAAUAAUUGUGUAAAUAGACAAUUACUGGCAUGUUGGCUUUCUGCUUACAUUGGGGUAUUAGUGUAAAACUGGAAGCUGUUUCCUGUGUAAAGUUGUAUAGUAAACUUGUGCCACUUUAUGAAAGACAGUUGCACUACAUGAUGGUAAACCCCAGGGUAUGAAAGCACUGUGCUCUGAAGUACUUUGUUAAAAGGGCUGUUAACUUUUAGCCUGACCAGGGAUUAAAUCUCUUCAAAGCAAGGUGACAUUUUGAGUAUUGUUCUCAUUUACGUCAUAUCUUGUUUCAAGCCCUCUGCUCAUAGCACUUCUGGUUUGUAACACCCUGAUUUUUAUUUCCACGUGAUAUUUCCUUUGAGUGUGUGCCUUCAUCUAACAAGAAUAACUAUGAAGCUCCCAAAAGUGUUGCAUUGUACAGAAUAAUCUACUUACCUGUACUGUGCUCCAUUUGGAGUUUGUCCUGAUGCUAUAAAAUACAUUUAAUGAUCUUUCUAUUUAAGAUCUUGAAACUGUAAAUGUUAAAUUUGGGUAAAUAUACUUGGAACCCAAAAUUUUGAAAUGCUGAACAUUUCUUGUAUGUCUUACCAUUUUGUAUUUUUUCACUUUAACAUCCAACUUAAUAAAACAACAGUACAGAAUCAUUUCCCACCUGUUCUCCAGUUUGGGUGGAACUCGUGAUGCUGCAGUUGAUAUGGUUCCCGCUCUCCUCUCCUUACAUUUCCACUUUAGAACAGAAUUCUUGCAGUAUUCUACCAUACAGUACUGUGCAAAAUUCUUAGGCACCUUAGAUUUUUUAUAUUGUUUCAGAUGGUAUGGUCUCUGCAGAGCCCUGAUCUCAACAUCAUUGAGGCUGUCUGGGAUUACCUGGAGAGACAGAAGCAAGCGAGACAGUCUGCAGAACUCUGGCAGUUCUCCAAGAUGCUUGGAACAAACUACCAGCUGAUUUUCUUAUAAAACUGCAUAACAGAAUACCUAAGAGAAUUGAUGCAGUUUUAAAGGCAAAGGAUGGUGACACGAAAUAUUGAUUGGAUUUAGUUUUUUUUUACUGUUCACUGCUCUUUAUAGUAUUUUUCUGAUAUUUAGAAACUUUCAAUUUCAUUAUUUUUGAAAGCCACUUUACAGAAAUGUUUUACAUGUGCCUAAGACUCUUGCACAGUACUGUACAUCCAGGAUGAAAAGAACUCAUGUAAACCAGCUUCACUUAUUAGUUACCCAACCAUAGUUAUUUCAUAAACACUGUCUGCUGACAAGUGGUUGAGAUUUCACAGUAUCACUGCAAUUGUGUUCUUGUUACAAAAAGAGGAAGGAAAUAAUUGUUCCUUUGGCUUUCGUAGUAAUCAUAAAGUUGUAUUUUAACUAGUUCUUCCAAUUAAUUUGGCUGAUUUUGUUUGUGUAAUUGCAAUGGACUAUGAAAUUGUACUUAUUCCAAGCAAGGAACAAACACCAGUUGAAUUUAAGUUCAUUGAAAGUGGCUAGGUUUGGCAGUGAAUGUAUUUUUUUAAUAUUUCCAAGGGUGAUAUUUAAAACUAUUUUGUCCACCCUGCUACCUUCACCCCUGCCACUGUUGUAGCUGCCAUUCCAAGGAGGGGAAUCUACUGAAGGCAUAGAUGUAAAGAGUUGGCGUGCAACAAGCUGAUGCACGUGCUUUAUUCACUUUUCAAUCGCAUAACUAGCAUGCUAUGGAAACAAUUACUGAAGAUUGAAAAAUGGAGUUGAAUUUGAUGAUAUUGCAAGGAUAAGUUUACCAAAACCGAUGAGAGGAAACAUCUCAGCUCGUCAGUCUUCCAACAUUUAGCUCUACAUUGAAUGCUAUGAUUUGGAAUUAAGUCGUGAUAAUCUUACAAAGAUUUUAUUUUUCAACCAGUGUAUUUUUAUAUUUACCCCCAGUUAAAUUUGGACCAAUUCCAAGACUUGGCUUAGUUGUGUGCAAGAAAAAAAGAAAACAAGCAAGUUGAGAGACUUCAAUACUUCAUUCUACUCAUUUCCAGUUACUGGUGAGCUGGUUUUGACAAAGUUGACCAGAAGUCUGAGUAACUGUGUGCACACAACUUGAAGUGAAAAAAGAAUAGGAAGAACCUAAGUAUUUUCUUGGCCUCAAAGUUAGGUAAUAAUCUAUGAGAAAAAUUAAAAGGAAAGAAAAAGUUAUUUGGAGCAAUAAAUGAUGCUAGCAUGCCAAUGAUAAACACACAAGAGAAAAGGUGCGGUUAAGCUCCACACAACUUCUAGUUUGAAAAUAAGUUGGAAACUGUGACAGGACUAUGUUUUGCGUUAUAAUCUGAGAUUGAAUCCCCCAUAUUUCAUACUGAAUGACUUCUACUUUGUUCUGUAUCGUACAUUUAAGGAUACCCAAAGGAAUAGCUCUGUAUGAGAAAACUUAUUUAACCAUCCAGUUGGGAGGCUGAGCAACACACACAAAAUUCUGGGGGAACUCAGCAGGCCAGACACCGUCAUUGGAAAAGGGUACAGUCGAUGUUUUGGGCCGAGACAUCGACUGUACUCUUUUCCAUAGAUGCUACUUGGCCUGCUGAGCUCCUCCGGCAUUUUGUGUGUGUUGCUUGGAUUUCCAGCAUCUGCAGAUAUUUUCUUGUUUCAUAUGGGAGGCGGAAUAACCAUGUUAGAUUCAAUUCAAAUUGUGGUUGGCUUAGAUUCCUGCAGCAUGUUUGGGAAAUGAGUUGACAACAUUGUUCCACAGAUGUUUGGAACAUACGGACCUUAAUUAUUUUCUGAAGCCGAGUACUGUACAUAUCAGACAAUGCAAGGUGGAGUUUGUGGAUGAAGUAUUUGCCUCUGUUUUUAAGAUUGUGUGUUACUGAGAUUAUUUGCAGUUCUGAAUUCAUUUGUUUGAUUCAAUUGAAAUUGACAAGUUACAAAAGAUGAAAAACUGCAAUAAAAACAGAAAAUGCUGGAAAUGGGCAGC